CAAGCACCCACCUCGCGGCGCUGAGGCGAGGGGCUACCCGUGGUGCUGUGGCCACACAAAGCGGUGCGCUGCGGCGCCUUUCCCGCCGCUGGUGAGGGGGCAGCCGCUCCUGUCUCCGCCCCGCUGCUGGGCUCGGCGCUGGCCCGGGAGGCGCGGGGCAGCCCCACGGCGCCGACGAUGGAGCCGCCGGUACAGCCGCCUCAGGAGCAGCCGCCGCGCCCUCGCUCCCACACGGUCACCACCACCAGCAGCUCCUUCACCGCCAACCUGUCGGCCAGCUCUAGCACCCUCGCCUACGACAGGGAGUUCCUGCGGACCCUGCCCGGGCUCCUCAUGGUGACAGAGAUCGUAUUGGGGCUGCUGGUGUGGACCCUGAUUGCAGGAACAGAAUACUUUCUAUAUCCAGCCUUUGGCUGGGUGAUGUUUGUGGCUGUGUUUUACUGGGUUCUCACCAUCUUCUUUCUGAUCAUCUAUAUGACAAUGACCUACACCAGGAUUCCCCAGGUGCCAUGGACCACAGUGGGUCUGUGUUUCAAUGGAAGUGCCUUCGUUUUGUACCUCAUUGCUGCCAUUGUAGAUGCAUCUUCAGUUACCAAAGAACUUGACAGUCACAAUUACAACAGCUGGGCAGCUUCUUCAUUCUUUGCCUUCGUGGUUACCUCCUGCUAUGCUGGAAACACGUAUUUUAGCUUCAUAUCUUGGCGAUCACGAACUUUGCAGUAAAUAUUUGCUUAAAAUGAAAUCUGUAGAAUAAAAUAUCUUGUGGAUUAUACUCUUUUGACAAAAGAUUGGAAGAGGGAUGAGGUCUUUUCAAAUGUUUCCACUGGAACCGAUACCACAUUUUUUUAAGAUGAGAUGAAAUAAUUAUUUAUAAGAUCAUCUUUAGAGACCUCUAAUACCAACUUUGUACUGUAUAAUAAAAUUUCAUACUGCCUCUUCUAAAAUUAAUGUAUUUUUCUAGACAUUGUAUAGAAGUUAUUACUAAACUUGAAAUAAAUCUUACGCAGUCAAUGUGCCAGUUUUGCAAAUGUAACUUCUUUAAGGUUACGUGUGUACUCUUGAUACUGGAUGCUGCAAACCAAAACUAAGAUUGAUGCUGUCUCAUUAUUAUUUAUGAAAAGUGACAUUGUGCAGAAAAAUAAACCACCCCAAAUUUUAAAAACAAAUAAAUAAUUGAUCCA